GUUAGCGCCAAGGAUCUUGAGGCGAAAGUGGAUUUUUUAAUUCAAAUAAUCAAAAUGCUCACCAAAGAAGAUGUGGAGGGUUGGAAUAAAGUCUUCGCUGAUUGUCAAAUAAAGCAAAGUGAUCUUACACAGCCCUCCGAAGGAUUCCUUGUAAAGGCUUUGGUUUGUUAUACACGUAGAUUUGGUUACAAGGUGGAACCCCCCUUUCCAUUGAAUGGGGAAAAAGUGGAGAACAAUAAAGAAAAUCGGUUAUUUCUUAUCCGACUAGCUCGGCAAGUUGAUCAUUUCCUGAAGAUAACUGAUAAAUCAUAUUCCUUCACUUAUUAUGAACUCAUUAGGCCAACUCCCAAGAAGACAUCUCAUUCAUUAUAUAUUUUAUUGAAUUAUUUAUUCUAUUACAACAUGUAUAAGGAAGAAGUCUUCAAAAUGGCCCAUGAACCAAUACAGAAAUUUCAUGAGAUUAAAGCAUUGAUAAUAGGGCAACAGCAGGAAAACGAGAAAAGGAUGCAAGAUGCAAAAGUGCUAAAAAUGAACGUUGAUGAAUUGCUGAAGAAGGUUCCUCAUCUUCGCUCGGAACACAAGGAGUUGUCGAAGCGCAAUGCCGACCAGGAAGAAGAGAAAAAAAAGCUGAAGGGUCAAUUUAAUGAGUUGGCGGAAAAACUUAAACAUCUCACUGAACAAAAGCGUUCAUUGCUUAAGAGGGUUGUAGCCGACGAAGAACAACAGGAGCUGCAAAAACAAAUAGAAAGUCUUCAAGCAGAUUUGACACAGCGCAAAGAAUUGGCAGCAACCAAUGAGGCUACUUUAAGAAAACUGACGGAAAGUGUAAAACUUAUGCAGCAUUUGAAAAAAGAAGUUGAAAAGGCCCACGAUAUCGUUCCCUUGCGACUGGUAGAACAACUUGCGGAGACAAAGAAACAAUUGGAUAGGGCAAUGGAGGAGGAAGAUUCGGCACAUGUUAGGCAAAAACAGUUGUCGCAAAUCAUCGAGGAAGAGCAACAAAAUUAUGAUGCCCUUGAACAGCAACAUCAGGCGAAAAAGCAAGAGUUCGAGCAAAAGGAAAAGACUUGUAAAGCCAAAAUCGAGUCCUUACAACGAGUUCUAAAAGAAAAGGAUGACAAAAUGGCGCAUAUAGAGAAGCAAGACCAAGCUUUGGAAUGUGAAUUGAAAGAACAGCAGGAAAUUGCCGAGUUCUUGGAAAAAAAUAUUGCUAUAAUAUUAGACCACUAUGAUGGAAAUAGUACAUAAUGACAAUCCCAUGACAGCCGAUUGUACGUACCGGAAUGACCCGAUGGAUUCCUUCAUUAGCAAGGGCUGCCACCACAGUGUACAACAAACUGCUACAACAACAACAAGAAAAACUUUACCAUCUUAAUUUCUGUAAUGAUACAUUAAAAAAUUAAUAAAAAGAUGUGAAAAAAAUUGUAAAUUGUUAUAUAAAAAAAUCUAGCGUUAAUGAUUUAUUAUGUCACACGUUUUUAAUAUUUAUCCGCAUGAAAAGACGAAAAUAGUACCAGCCAUUAACCCAUUUUAGACUACAAUCCCUUCUAGAAAUGAAAAUAUAUAUUUUGUAUUAAAACUUUUCCUGUCUACCUUCACUAAAAUUAUUAUGACGUA